AUGUUGGAGAAUGUGAAGAACUGUAUCCUGUGGGUGGUGCUCCCCACUGGAGCAGGGGAAGAGCAUGAGGAGGAAGUAACAGCAGAGGCAAUGCGUUAUGAACUGACCGCAACCUCUAUUCCCCAUCACCCUAUGCCCUUUGGGAGGGAGGAGGAGAAUAGCACAUUGCUUAAAAUGGACAUAAAUGGAAAGUCCAGAACUACCCUAUCUACCCUCCCUGUACCUCUUGCAGAGGUCAGUUCUGCAGGCAAAACAGAAGCAGAGAAACCACGAUGUUCCAGCACCCCCUGCUCACCAAUGCGACAGACAAUUUCAGGCUAUCAGAUCCUUCGGAUGGAUUCUAACUACCUGGUUGGCUUCACGACUGGAGAGGAACUGCUAAAAUUAACUCAAAAGUAUACAGGAAAUGAAGAUAAUAAAGGGAAAUCUGAACCUAACUUGCACUCUAAACAGCUCGGUUUAGGACUUGCAUACUCCUCACGUUUAUACAAAACUAGAAGUAGAUGCUAUCAGCCAUAUGAGAUCCCAGCAGUAAAGGGGAGGAGGAGGAGAUGGAUGCUCAACUCGGGGGAUAAAUGCACUAAGGCUUUACCAUAUGAACCUUACAAGGCACUUCAUGGUCCCCUGCCUCUUUGCCUUUUAAAAGGCAAAAAGGCUCAUUCUAAAUCCCUGGACUACCUCAAUUUAGACAAAAUGAACAUUGAGGAACCUGCUGACACAGACAUGUUACAAUACCAGCUCCAACACCUUACCCUUAGAGGGGACGACCGUAUGUUUGCAGGAAACAAUACAUGA